GAACAAGACAAGUUUCCCGAUCUAGACCACAGGUGACGUACCGUCUCCAAGUAUGACAUACCUAAUCUACUCGAGGUCGAUGUAUCGAUGAGGUUUCACAGCCCUCCUCGACCGUAUCCUACCUAUGUACAUGGUCUAGGCUGGCGAAUUUACGCCUUAUAGAUAGGCCAUCCUAUUUAUGUCGCCUUGGUGCACAUCGCUUAUAGCUGGAAGCCCAUAAUAUUGUCACUUCGAUAUCAAUUCUCUUAUACACAACUCACCUCGGUUUCUAAGCACCAAGGUCAUCCGUUCCAACACCUACACUUUAUUCACCAACUUUUCGAAUAUGUCUUCUCCCACUCCCUCAGGUUCAGGUUCCGUGUCGCGAUCCCGCCAGGGCCGUCGCCGCAGCCGCAACCAGUCCCGAAGACAGGAGCAGGCUACCGCCCCGCAGCCGGAACCCCAAGACCAGCAAUACUCGGAAGAAGACAGCACAGAAGACGCCGAAGCAGCACCGCAGCCACAACCACAGCGCCGUCGACGCCAGCGUAACCAGUCGCAGCAGCAGCAGCAGCAACAAGGUGGCGGCGGUCCACUCGGCGGAGUUGGUGUCGGCGGAGUCGACCAGAUGCUCCCCGUCAACAACGUCGGCGAGACGGCCAACAACCUGACCAACUCCGCCACGGGCACGCUAGGAAACGUCGCCGGAGGCGCGCUCAACCAGGGAGGCGGAGACGGUGGUGGUAGCAAGUCGGACACUUUGAAACUUAGGCUUGACCUCAACCUCGAGGUCGAGGUUACGCUGAAAGCUCGGAUUCAUGGAGAUCUAGAGUUGGCUUUACUAAAUUGAAGAACGUCGUGAUGACCCCUACUUAAUUAUAUGCGCUCUUCCUACGGUGUCCUCCGAUAGGGGCAUAGUUUCAUUCCGGAGUCCGGUUCCGCUGUGGUUAGGUAUGUUGUCGGCGUUGGGUUGAAGCAUCAUUUUGUUCACAAUGUACAUAUUCAAGAUUAUAUGUACCUAUUUUAAUUGAUUGUUCACGUAUG